AUGGCGUUGGAGGCCUUCGCCGCCAGCCGCCCCGCUGGGGCUCCGUUCGCCCCACGGCCGGAGCGCGGAGCUGCUCAACGGUGGAGUGGACCAGGCCCUGCCCGGGCCACUGGGGCCGAGUUCCGGGUCGCUUUGGUGCCCGUGGCCCUCGCCUUGGCCGGGCUCCACGCCUCUCGACGAGGCGAAACGUCCCCGCGCCGGCGGUCCAGACCGCGCUCCGCGAAGAAGAAGGCUCGGUGCGCCUUCGUGGGGCCCACCUUUGACUUCGCCUACUGGGCUGAGCAUGUGGAAGAGGUCCAAAAGAACGCUGACAACAGACAGUUCAACUGCGAUGUGGCAGAAGUUGUCGCGGUCUACCAGGAGCACCGAAGCUCCGCUUUUGAGCUGCAGCAGCUGGCCAAAAAGCGGAACGAACAUGCAAAGUCGAUGAAAGGCAAGAUGGAACCUGACGCAAGGCAAGCCUUGAUCGAAGAAGGAAAGAAAAUCAAGGAGGAGAUUAGCUCCAUGGAAGCAAAGGUGGAUGCGCUGAGCACCAAGAUGAAUUCUCUCGCGCUCGCGGCAGGGACGCCCAGGAUACUCCCAUUGGCGAGGAGGAGAAUGCUACAGUGCUGCGCACCCAUGGCACUCCGCUCAGCUCGGAGAACGCCGGCUUCAAGUUGA